AUGAUUAAUUUGCAACUCCAAGGCAUGGCAGUUACCUAUUAAUAAUUUUGCGACGUCCCCCACACUACAGCACACCCUUCACUUUCCAAUUCUCAUUCCCCGUUUCUUCUCCGAACCCUCGAUCGAGAGACACAUAAACACGCGCUCCUAUAUCUUCUCCUUCACGUCGCUCUCUCCACCAACCACAUCAACACAUGGAAGGGGGUGAAAUAUUGAAUUGUGUGAUUGGAACUGAAAAUUGCAACAAAUUUUGAAUCGCUGGAAUUGGAAUCGGCAAUGGACAAGGUUGUGGAAGAGGUGGAAAAGGUGAAGAAAGAAUGGGAAGAAACAUACAAGAAAACGCAAGAGCACAUAAACGCGAUCGGAGAGUAUGGGAAAUCAGGAAGAGCGAAGGAGGAGAAAAAUUCCCUUGCUAGAUUGAAUGGCAUCGCUCAGGAUGGCUUGGCACUCCUUUCUUCCUUUCUCUUCACCCUUGAUCUUCUCGCUCCUCAGUUGCCCGCUGAACAAGAGGUUCGCGCUGCUCGUGCAUUGCUUCAAUCCUGGAAAACCCUAACUCAAGAUUUGCGGCUAAGUUUGAGGAAUGCCAAUCUGCAAGCAAAGGCUAACCUGAGGAAAGCUGCUCAGGAGGAGAGAGAGCUACUUUUAGGUGGAGGAGAAGAGUCCACAAUUCGCAGACGCAAUUUACAGACAAAAGCUGGAAUGACAUCUGCCGCAGAGAGCAUCACAAAAAGCCUUCGUCGUACUCGUCAAUUGAUGGUUCAGGAGGUUGAAAGAAACACGACCACUCUAAUGACUCUUGAUGAAUCAACUGGAGUGUUAAAGAAAGCUGAAAGUGAAUAUAAAGGGCACCGCUCGUUGUUGAUAAGAACACGAAAUCUUCUUUCCACAAUGCAGCGUCAAGAUGUCAUAGACAGGGUGAUACUUGGGGUUGGCUUUUUGUUGUUCUCCCUUGCUGUUCUUUAUGUUGUUUCCAAGCGGAUUGGACCAUAAAAGCGGGUAUGGUGGGACAGGCAGAGCCAAGGCCCUAAGCUGUUGCAGAUGACUUGAAUCUUCAUCAAGUCAGGGGGGAUCGUGUUCAUAAUGCCGAGGCUCCUUUAGAUCGAAGAAUACAUGAUGAACUUUGAUGCAUUUCUAAGCAACAGUAGUACAGUACCAUGUUGUCUGUGUAUUAACAUCAAGAGAGAUCCUAUCUCCUCAUGACGACUUCAGCAUCCUCCUAUUUCCUUAAAAAUGACAAAAGUAAAAGUUUUGCUAUCUUGAGAGUUCGAAAGGAAUUUUAUACCCAUUUUACAAGUAAUUUUAAGGCUUAAUAUGCUGGUCUAUUAAGAUGAUUUAAAGUUUUUUUCGGUUGUUAUUUAAGGCCUUUCAGCAUGAGCAGACACAUACUUGUUGAUGGACUGAAAAUGCUUUAUAGGAAUUUUCGAAACGAACGAGCUGUCUCUGCGUGCCUCUUCAAUGUUCGUGCAAUAAUACACAAACUGUAUUUAUGAU